UCUGAGCGCUUGGAGCGACUGCGCUGUCACUCAUCCGCAGGGCCGCGCCGCGAUUGGCUGGACUCCCGCUCGGCCCCGCCCCUCUUGGCCGGCAGCAGCGUAGAAAUGACACCGUGGGAAAGCUGGGCGCUUCAAACGGAGGCGCUCCGGGCGAACGUGGACAGACGCACGGCGAGCAGACACAACAAACACACUGCGGAACUAAGUCGGAGGAAUAAAGAUGAAACGGAGUCACGAUUUUAGCUCCUCGGACAGCGAGCUGGACGAGAACGUGGAGGUGGAGAAGGAAAGCGCAGAUGAAAAUGGGAAUAUGAGCUCUCCCCUCGGCCCCAUGUCUCCAUCCACAUCCACUCAGGUGCAGGCGAGGAAACGGCGCCGAGGAAUCAUUGAGAAACGACGCCGGGACAGGAUCAACAACAGCCUCAGCGAGCUCCGCCGGCUGGUUCCCAGCGCCUACGAGAAGCAGGGCUCGGCCAAACUGGAGAAAGCGGAGAUCCUGCAGAUGACCGUGGACCAUCUGAAGAUGCUUCACGCCUCCGGAGGCAAAGGGUACUUCGACGCCCACGCUCUGGCGAUGGAUUACCGCGGUCUGGGCUUCAGGGAGUGCGUGGCCGAGGCGGCCCGUUACCUGAGCAUCAUCGAGGGCCUGGACGGCGCCGACCCGCUGCGCGUGCGCCUGCUCUCCCACCUCAACAGCUACGCCGGCCAGCGCGAGGCCCACCCCGGCCUCGGCCCCCUGGCCUGGGGGUCGGCGUUCGGCUCUCCGCCCGCCCACCUGGCCCACCCGCUCCUCCUCCCGCACCCGCAGCCGCAGCCGCUGCCCCGCAGCGCCACCAGCAGCCCGCAGGCGCCCUCGUCCGCGGCCAGCUCGCCGUCCUCGUCCUCCUCCUCCUCCUCGUCCUCGUCCGCCGCGGAGACGCACGUCCCCGGCCGGCGCCCCGCCAGCUCCGCCCCGCCGUCGGACCCGGUCCCGAUCCGGGCCCCCGCCACCUCCGGCGCCCCCGCCCCCGUCCUGCACCCGGCCCUGGUGCCCUCGUCGGCGUCCAAGCUCCCCCCCCCCCUCCUCUCCUCUCUCUCCGCUUUCCCCUUCCCCUUCGGCGCCUUCCCCCUCCUCUCCCCCGCCGCCACCAUCAGCCCCGCGGCGCCCGCGUCCAGCGUGGGCAAACCCUACAGGCCGUGGGGGAUGGAGAUAGGCGCGUUCUGACUGGAGCAGUAGAACCCACACAGACUCAAGUCCGGACGCCGGCCGAGCUGGACCUUCAGGACUUUACAAGACUUUCUAUUUUCCCCGCUAAGAAAUGUCUAUUUUUUCUAUGGUGCUGUGGCAGAGAGCACGCGUGGCUGUAGGACGCUGACUCCCUUGCUCACGCGUUGUGUUUCGUAUAGAAGAAGAGAGUGCGACCGCGACGGAGCAGCAACGAGGAUGAUUGAUUGUGUUGUGUUGACUGAUCUCUGUUCCUGCCCAUCGGGAACGACUGUCCCAGAUGGUCAAGCAGGCGCUGCCUGUCAAGUUCCUGGGUGAAACCCCCCCCCACACACACACACACAUGGGCUGAAACAGCCAGCAUUGAUGCCGUGGUGACAGAGCAGCGUGAAAGGGGGCUCAAGGUGGUGGAGUCGGCCCCUUUUUACAGCGCUUUAUGGGCUGGAAUAACCGAAACCAGGUGCUCGUUUGGCCCAGGACUGGGAACAGAAGUGGGCUGGCAGCUUGGCUGAAGUCAAGCUACCCAUGAUUCACCCACAGCCUCUGAUGUUCAUAGGAUGCAGCAUUGUUCAGACUUGUUUGCUUGUUUCCUGCCGACAGCAACUGAAAGCUUCGCACCAGUUUUACCCGUUUUCACCAGCUCUGUCUUUUUUAUUUAUAUCUUAUUGUGAAUGGGUGAUUUUUUUUUUUAUCACCUUCUUUUCUUAUAUCUGCCGCGUUGUCUAUCAGUGUAUACUCUACAUGCAUUUUCAGCGCCAGUCGAAGCAGUCACAGCAAAACAAGCCCAUAAUUCAGUGUUUGUUUCUAAAUAAGGCAUUUAGACGUUCUUUGCCAUGAUUUGCAUAUUUUAUGGCUCCACAAAGCUCAGUCACAAAUCAGACGUUCAGCUUUUUAGUGUUGUUGCUGGUGUUAAUGUCAACUUCCCUGUAAUAAAAAAUGAUGAUGAAUCA